AAUUUGUUUAUGAUCUAAAAAAUUAUUUAGCUUAAACCGCCAUCAUAACAAUGGAAUUGCGAGCCCCGUUAUGGUCAUCAUUGUUGAUUGUGUUGGUUGUGUUGCCCUGUGCAUUUGCCCACACGAGUAAAUGGAAGGAGGCUCAUGCCACAUAUUAUGGUAGCCCGGAUGGAACCAUUGGCGGAGCUUGUGGGUUCGAGGAAUACAAGAAAACCUACGGCUCAUAUACUGCAGCUGUGAGCACAGCAUUGUUCGAUAAAGCAGCAGGGUGCGGAGCCUGCUAUGAAGUAAGAUGCGUAAAGAGCAAAAUGUAUUGCAAGAAAGGCCACAAGUCCGUGGUGGUUACCGUCACCGAUUUGUGCCCUCCGGGUGGCUGGUGCAGUCACACACAUUUCGACUUAUCUCAGCCUGCGUUUCUCAAAAUUGCAGACCAAGUAGCUGGCCAUGUUCCCGUCAUGUACCGCAGCGUUCCAUGCAAGAGAAAGGGAGGAGAAAAGUUUAAGAUAUCUGGAAAUCCCUUCUUCAACCUAGUAACGGUGACAAAUGUUGGAGGAGAAGGGGAUGUUAAAAAGUUGGAGGUAAAACCUGAGGGCUCGAAGAAAUGGAAGCCGCUAAAACGCAAUUGGGGUGAGAAUUGGGAGUGUGAUGAAAAGCUGACCGGAAAAGCCCUCACAUUCAAGGUCACCACCGUGGACGGGAAAGAGUCAGUUUCUCGCAAUGUCGCCCCCAAAUCGUGGAAGUUCGGCCAGACGUUUGAAGGCCAAAACUUCUCAUAAAACGUACAAAACCCACAGUUAUUAGCAUAUAGUAGAUAAGACUCUAUACUCCGAGACUAAUUCUGUUCAUACUACAUAGAAUCUUGAGGUUGAUCUCAUAGGAAAUGUUCAUAUUAUGUAGAACUAACAUGUGUCAU